UUUUUGAAGAGUUUAAUUGCUAUAUAUUAUAUAUAAUGGAUUUUAUUAUAAAAUAAUUAUUUCAUUUAUUUUCUUGGUUUUAUUUUCUUAAAUAAAAUUUAAAGAAAAAAAACUAAAUAUGGGUUUUACCGGUGAUAACAUUUACUCAUUUUUUAAAAAUCUUUUGCCUGGUUCAGCCAACACAAAUAAAGUUUCAUCAUUACAAGAACAAUCGGAUCAUGUAAAUAAUGAUAAUAAUCAUCAUGAUUUAAAUGAUGAUAACAAAAAAUUUAAUAUGAAUGGAAAUAAAAUUAGUAGCGCAAAGACGAUUGGUGGUAACAGUCAUAUGUUUGAUUAUAACGACAACACCAAUUUCCGUAAAAUUAAAGCAAAUGAUAGAAAAUUUAAUUCAAAAUUUAAAUAUGUGAACAAUCGAAUAAAAACAUCAAAAUAUUCAUUAAUAACAUUUUUACCUUUAAAUUUAUUGGAACAAUUUCAAAGACUUGCAAAUUUCUAUUUUUUAAUAUUAUUGGCCUUACAAUUGAUACCAAUAAUUUCAUCUUUAACACCAAUAACAACUGCAAUACCAUUAAUUGGAGUUUUAACACUAACUGGAAUAAAAGAUGCUUAUGAUGAUAUUCAAAGGCAUAUAUCAGAUGCUCAAGUUAAUAAUCGAAAAUCAAAAUCAUUUCGUAAUAAUCAAAUCGUUGUUGAAAAAUGGUCUAAUAUUCAGGUUGGAGACAUAAUACUUGUAGAAAAUAACAAAUUAGUUCCAGCUGAUAUAUUAUUAUUAUCAACAAGUGAGCCAAAUGGUUUAUGUUAUAUUGAAACAACAGAAUUAGAUGGUGAAUCAAAUUUGAAAUCAAAACAAUGUUUGCCGCAAACAGCUGAAAUGGGUCGUUUAAAUGGUUUCUUUAAUUCAUUUGACGGUGAAAUUACAUGCGAACAACCAAAUAAUUUAUUAAAUCAAUUUGAAGGAAUUUUAAUAUGGAAUAAACAACAAUUACCAUUAGAUAAUGAAAAUAUAUUACUACGUGGAUGUGUUUUAAGGAACACUGAAUGGUGUUAUGGUGUUGUAAUUUUUGCUGGUAGAGAUACAAAAUUAAUGCAAAAUUCUGGAAAAACAUUAUUUAAAAGAACAAAUAUUGAUCGUUAUUUAAAUAAUAUUAUAAUUGGAAUUGUAAUAUUUUUAAUAAUAAUAUGUGUUAUGUGCAGCAUAGCGUGUUUUAUAUGGGAAGUUUUGAUUGGUGAAGCAUUUCAGAUUUAUAAUCCAAGGGAUACUACUGUACCAACUAAUGGUGUUUUAGGUGCAGCAAUUAUAGGAUUACUUGUAUUUUUUUCAUAUGCUAUUGUUAUGAAUACUGUAGUACCAAUUUCACUUUAUGUUUCAGUAGAAGUUAUACGUUUUGUUCAAUCUUUUUUUAUAAAUUGGGAUAAAAAAAUGUACGAUGCCAAAACAAAAACAUAUGCCAAAGCCAGAACUACAACACUAAAUGAAGAUUUAGGACAAAUACAAUUUAUAUUUACUGAUAAAACAGGAACUUUAACACAAAAUAUUAUGACAUUUAAUAAAUGCAGUAUUAAUGGACAAAAUUAUGGCGAAGUAAUUGAAUCUGUCUCAGAUAUAUCUUCAAUUGAUUCGUUAGAUUUAUCGUCCAACCCCGAAUACGAAUCUGGGUUUAAAUGGUACGACAACAGUUUAAUAGAUGCUAUCAAGGCGGAAAACAAAGAUGUAAUAAAUUUCUUUCGGCUCCUAGCUGUAUGUCAUACAGUGAUGCCAGAAAAAAUUAAUGGAAGGCUUGAAUACAAAGCACAGAGUCCAGAUGAGGCAGCACUUGUUUCAGCGGCAAGAAAUUUUGGAUUUAUAUUUCGUUCACGAACGCCGGAAAGUAUAACAAUAGAAAUUCUUGGAAAAAGAGAAGAAUAUGAACUAUUAAAUAUUUUGGACUUCAAUAAUGUUCGUAAAAGAAUGUCAGUAAUUUUAAAGAAAAAUGGUAGAAUUUGCAUUUAUUGUAAAGGAGCUGAUAAUGUAAUUUAUGAUCGAUUAAAGCCGGGAAAUAAUACCUUAAAAAAAUUAACUCAAGAUCACUUAAAUAAAUUUGCUGGUGAAGGCCUUAGAACCUUAGUUUUAGCUGAAAAAUUUAUUGAUGACAGCAUCUACAAUGCAUGGAAAAAGAAAUUGAAUGAAACAGCUUUAUCUUUGUCAUCAUCAAAAACUAAAAUUAUUGAAAAUUUAUAUGAAGAAAUUGAAUCAGAAAUGGAUCUUGUUGGAGCUACUGCAAUCGAAGAUAAAUUACAAGAUGGAGUACCUCAAACAAUAUUCAAAUUGAAAAAUGCUGGUAUAAAAAUUUGGAUGUUAACUGGUGAUAAACAGGAAACUGCAAUAAAUAUAGGCUAUUCAUGUGAACUAUUAUCAGAUGAUUUAAUUGAUGUUUUUAUCAUAGAUGGUAAUACUAAAACAGAGGUAGAAAAUCAACUGAAAAAAUUUAAAGAAUCAAUUAGAAUCGUUAAUACUUUUAAGCCUUUAAAAACAAAAUCUUCAGGUGAAUGUUUAGAUGAAUGCGGUAAUCAUAAAAAUAAAACGGCAAAGAAAAGUCCACCAGCAGUUUCAGUUGUAACAUUUACUACCCAGUAUACUGAAAAUAAUGCCAAGAAUACAGAAAAUCAUGAUGGUUUUGCUAUUGUAAUCAAUGGAAUUUCAUUAGUUCAUUGUUUAACACCUGAGUUUGAAGAACGAUUUUUGGAAAUUACGUCUCAAUGUAAGGCUGUUAUUUGUUGCAGAGUCACACCAUUACAAAAAGCUUUAGUUGUAGACUUAAUUAAACGUACAAAAAAAGCAGUAACCCUAGCUAUAGGAGAUGGUGCCAAUGAUGUUUCAAUGAUAAAAGUCGCUCAUAUAGGAGUCGGAAUUUCGGGGCAAGAAGGUAUGCAAGCUGUAUUGGCCAGUGACUAUUCAAUAUCACAAUUUAAACAUUUAGAAAGAUUAUUGCUAAUACAUGGUCGGUGGUCAUAUUAUAGAAUGUGUAAAUUUUUAAGAUAUUUUUUUUAUAAAAAUUUUGCAUUCACUUUAUGCCACUUUUGGUAUGCAUUUUUUUGUGGAUUUAGUGCUCAGACUGUAUUUGAUCCUAUGUACAUAUCAGUAUACAACUUAUUUUAUACAUCAUUACCAGUAUUGGCUCUUGGGGUAUUUGAGCAAGACGUUAAUGAACAUUGUAGUACUGAAUAUCCACUUUUAUAUUUAGCUGGUAUAGAUAACGUAUUAUUUAAUACAAGAGAGUUUAUACAACGAGUAUUACAUGGUGUAUUCAGUUCGAUGAUUUUAUUCUUAAUACCAUAUGGUGCAUACAAAGACGGAUUGUCUUCGAAUGGGCAUAUUUUAAACGAUACAAUGACUUUGGGAUCAGUGAUAGCAACUAUUCUAAUAUUGGAUAACACAACCCAAAUUGCUUUGGAGACAUCUUACUGGACAGUAUUCAAUCAUAUUACAAUAUGGUGUAGUUUGCUAACAUAUUUUAUAUUUGAUUAUUUUUAUAAUUAUAUCUUGGGUGGUCCAUAUAUUGGUUCAUUGACUCAUGCAAUUAUGGAAGCUACUUUUUGGUUUACAACAGUAUUAGCUCUUGUUAUUUUAACAGCACCCAUAUUAGCCAUACGCUGUUAUUAUGUUGAUGUGAAACCUAGUUUAGCUCAUCAAAUUCGGGUUAAUCAAAAUAAAUCAAAACGUUCAAAUUCAGAAAAAUUGAAUUCCGCUUGCAGUUCAAAUUAUAAUCCAUCAAGAAAACAUAGACAAUCAUUAAGAUCUGGUUACGCUUUCGCGCAUGAGGAAGGGUUUGGUAGAUUAAUAACAUCUGGAAAAAUAAUGAGAAGACAACCAAUUGAAUAUUCAUUUCAAAAUAACCAUUCGAAUGUUACUAAUAAUGGAAAUAUUGUUAAUGGUCAUAAAAAUAAAACAAAUCAUUAUUAGAUAAUUAUAGUUUUUACAGAAUUAAAGUUUAUUUUUAAAAGUUUUAAUA